GUCCUACUUAGUUCGGGGAACAGCCGCUCUUUACGCACGUGGUUGACAGGGUUAUUCAAAUGUUAGGUUUGUAUGGUUAAGAUAUCCAAAACAAUGGUGAAGGACUUCUCUUUAUUUUCCGACUGUGGACGUUAUUUUGUUUAUUCGUCUCAGAGUGGCAAAUUGAAGAUAUGGGACACCAUUAGCGGAACAUUAAAGCAGGAAUAUGUGCCUAAUUUACAUUUGAAUUCUCCCUGUUCAUCUUUGUCAUGGAUAAAUUUGUCAUCCAGAGUGAAUUCUCCUUGGAAAAGUAAAAAGAGGAAAAUUGAAGAAGACAAGAAUCUAAUUGCCUUAGGAACUUCUGAUGGUUUUGUUGCUAUAUUCAGUUUGUCUGAAGGCAAAAUUGUGACUAAAUUAGAGGGAGGCCACUCAGGUGCUGUCACAGGCUUAGGAUGGUCUCGAGAAGCUGGUUUGUUUUCAUCUUCUCAUCAUGAAGUUGUUGUAUGGGAUAUUUCAAGCAAACAAAUUAAAAGUAAAUGGAAAAGCAGCAAAGGAAAUAUAACUUGCAUAUGUGUGUCAGAUGAUGGUGAAUUCUGUGUAACAGGGAGUCACACAUUACAGUUAUGGGACGUUAAAUUAAAAAAACUAUUAAAGACAUAUACUGGUCAUCAUAGUGAAGUUGUUAGUUUGGUGUUUAUUAACAAGCAGUACUUUCUAUCUUGUGGUUCUGAAGACCGGCACAUCACAGUUUGGAGUACUAAAGAUGAUUGUGAUGAAUCGUUAGGGAGAUUUGCAGUAGGGGAAAGUAUAAAAAAUGGUAUAAGUAUUUUUGAAAAUGAAUCAACUCUACACCUCUGCACCAGCACCAGGAAUGGACAGCUAAUAUAUUUUAAUCAUCAACUUAAUGGAAAAAUUGGAAAAGUUAUAAAACCUCUGCACACAGUAGAAAUAAUAGAUGACCAUAGUUCUAACAUUCUUCCUGUCACAGGAGUUAAGAUGUCUUCAGAGUCCAUGGUUGCGAUUGCUUAUGGUCAUUCCCCAUUCUUCAGUUUCGAAACACUUGAUAUUACCAAUUUGAAAAAAAACAAAGUAACUUUUACACGAAAGGACAAGCAUUUGAAUAAAGUAUUAUCUAAUAAAGAAACUACGAAAGAUACAGAUGAUCAAGCUCAAUAUGUAAGUUACGGAAACAGGAAGAAUGCAGGAGACGUUGCUAUGGAAGAACGCCUCGGAAAUUUGUCAAUAGGAAAUCCAGUUAUUUCCGAUAAAUAUAGUCCUUACAACUUAUCAAACCUACUUACACAGGGGCUGGAAAGUAAAGAUAGAUCUCUUUUGGAGUCUGUACUCUUCAGGAAAGAUCCACAAGUGAUAGCUGAAACUGUAUCUAAACUUCCAGUGUCCGCAUUAGCUCCACUCAUAGGCCAGCUGAAUACUAUGAUUUUAGGAAAGACAUUUCCGAGUAUAGUGGGCUGCAUGUGGCUGAAAGGUGUGUUGAGGCAACAUUCCAGUCAGUUGUUGGCCAACGGCAGUACGUCUGCGCUGCUGGCCUCCCUGCAGGCAUUGAUUGAAAGUAGACUAGCAGUUCUAGGUCCUUUGAGAGGCCUUUCAGGAAGGUUAGACCAUAUCAUAUCACAACUGGAUUCUCCACAAGACCAUUCUCCUAAAAAUGAGGACUCAGUUCUGUUUUAUCAAGAAGAAGACUCCUCAGAUGAAAGGGAAAGUUUGAUGUUGGACGGUGAUGGAAGUGAAUCUGAAGACAAGUGGGAAGAAUUGUCAGAAGACCAGUUGGACUCUGAUGAAGCCUCUUAAAUUAAAAUUUUAUUAUAUGUACAGAUUUUAAAUAUAUAUAUAUAUAUAAAGUUAAGUUUAAAAAAUCAUUUUUUCCUCCUGAGUCUGUCUCAUAAUGUUUAAAUUGUUUUAACUUAUGUAAAUUGAUUUUUUUUUUAAUAAAUAAAAAU